UAUCAACCACUUCGAAAUAAGGCUUGUGAAUGGAGAUUAUAUCAGUUUUAAUAUUUCGCCCCAAUUAGGCUAUUGGCAAAGGGAUUAUAGGAACUUGGACUACUGUCUAAACAUGGCUUAAGUGAUAUGUUUGCAAUUUGACUUCAAUUAAAUAUGCAAAUGGAACGCAUUUAUCGGAAAAAGGUAGUCUAAUGAAAAAUUGUAUAUACCGAAAGUCAACUGUGUUUGCGGAUAAAAGCACGACACGUCCAUGGCUGUUAUGAUUUGAAAUUUAUUUAAGCAGAAGUUAUAACAUGUGGGUUUCUUAAUUAUAACGGCAUACUGUAUUCGCCAAUCAAAUAUCGAUAAAUAUCUAAGAAUUUAGGUUUUAUCAAUGGAAGGAUUCUGGUCACAUUGUUUUAUGAAAAGUUAAAGUCGCCGACACGAGAAACUUAAGGGUGUAAAAGAAAAGCAAAAUUGUAAAGUGUAUUAUUAUAAAUAAAAUACCAAUUACGACAAGAGUUCAGACUUUGACCAGCUCGUUAAUUAUUGCAUAUGAGCAAGCAUAAUCUAAGAAGUACUAAGAUGUCGGACGAAGAGUCAGCAGACGACCUGCACACAAUGUUUUCAACUCCAGCUUCAAAGAACAUCGAGAUAGACGAAGGCACAGGCAGCAACAGCAAUCCCAUUGCAGAAAUCGCGCCUUUGUUGUCGGCACUAAGAGCAGACACAUCGGAAAUUCUAAUUGGAAUCCAGUCAGACAUAAAACAAGCGAAUUUUGGAAAUUCAAAACAAUCAAAAAGAAAUAAAAACGCUAGCUGCUCGGCAGUUGAUCCACAGGUGCCUAGCUAUCAGGUUAGUUAUCAUUCCAACAUCAAAAUUGACGGAAGCCACACACCAAACCGCUAUUGUCAACCUGUGGAUCUGCCGCUAAUUUCUGUUGUUACGGAUGUCUGGACACUGUUUAAGCAAAGCUUCGAAGAUUUCACUGAACUGUCCCAGUAUGACAACAGACAAGACCUUAUUCGAUUGCGCAAGUGCCUUAUUGGUGAAGGCAAAGAGACUGUGUUGCCGAUGAUGAUCUAUCCAAAUAAUGUCCAGCGGAGGAACUAGGACUCAAUUAGCUAAGAUUAAAUACUUUUCAAAGAUAUUCUUUAACAAACUA